AUGGCCGCUACCACCAUGUCAUCACUUCCUCCCCACGAAGGGCUGGGCGACACUGCGCCGGACAAGCGCGACUCUAUCGCUGACCCUGUCCUUCCUCCUCAAGUCCAUACUCCCCCUACCACCGACGAGGCGAGCCACAAGGACGAUGACGCAGCCUCGAGUUCUUCCCUCUCCGAUCUCGGCGACGACAUGGAGGAUGAGGAAAACAGAAUCCGGUUUGAAGAAGCUGCGAGGGCAGGCGCUGAAGCAGAACAGUUUUCAGAGGUCAAACCUGACCGAUACGAAAAUGGUGUCCCUAUCUUUACUCCGACGAUGGAACAGUUCAAGGAUUUCCAAAGAUACGUCAAAGGAGUGGACCCCUAUGGAAUGCAGUCCGGCAUUGUGUUGAUCGAUCCUCCAGAAGAAUGGAAACGUGCUCGGAAAGCCCUGGACGAUAUGGUCAAGACCAUCAAGAUCAAGAACCCCAUAAUGCAAGAGUUUCACGGUGCGCAAGGUAUUUAUACACAGCGGAACAUUGAAAAGAUGCGAUCGUACAAUCUUCCACAGUGGAAAUCUACCUGCGAGCAGACAGAAAACCAGCCGCCAGCGAGACGUGGAGAGAAGCGCCUGAAUGCGGAUAAGUUGUUAGGUCGAGGGAACACUCGAUCUCGGAAGGCAGAGUCCGCAGCACCGCCGGAAAGUGGUAAAAGAAGAGGAAGACCGCCGAAACAGAUCAAGCAAGAGCCCGUCGAACACGAUUCCACACUUCACGCUCCUCCCACGCCCACCAGCCCAGACGUCAAGCCCGCCGUGACGAUGAGCGAGGAGCCUGAGGAAGGGCGUGAGGACACAGCAGAGCCUACUCCGACCAAGGGCAAGUCCACUAAGAAGCCUGGCAGGCCCAGGGGUAGACCGCCAAAGAGUAGUGCACCCAAGAAAGAAAGCGCUGGCAGCAAAGGCGCUGAAACUACCGUUGCAGCACGAAGACUGAGAAAUGCGCGUGAAGCCAACGAUGACAUUGACGAGGAGGCUUUCAAAGACUUUGACUAUCGAGUUUACGACAACGACCAAUGGACAGCUGAAAGAUGCGAUGAGUUAGAGGACAAGUACUGGAAAAGCCUCAACUUCAGUAAUCCUAUGUACGCUGCGGAUAUGCCCGGGUCUCUGUUCGAUGAGGAUACCAAGGAAUGGAAUGUUGCCAAGUUACCGAAUUUACUUGACCUUCUGGGACAGCCUAUUCCUGGAGUCAACACUGCAUACCUGUAUCUCGGAAUGUGGCGUGCGACCUUUGCGUGGCAUCUGGAAGAUGUUGAUCUUUACAGUAUCAAUUAUAUUCAUUUUGGAGCACCGAAGCAAUGGUACAGCAUCUCACAAAAGGAUGCCCCGAAAUUCGAAGCGGCCAUGAAAUCUCUAUGGGGUUCGGAUGCCAAAAACUGCGACCAAUUCUUGCGACACAAGACCUACCUAGUCUCUCCGUCUAUCCUCAAGUCCAAGUUUGGAGUGACUGUGAACAAGGUUGUCCACAGGGAGGGACAAUUUGUCAUCACCUUUCCCAUCGGCUAUCACUCUGGCUACAACCUAGGUUACAAUUGUGCCGAGUCGGUGAAUUUCGCCAUUGAGAAUUGGUUGCAGUAUGGAAAGACCGCGCGCAAGUGCCAGUGCGAGGCAGACAGUGUUUUCAUCGACGUUGACUGGUUCAUCCGCCGACUCAACGGCGAACCUUCUCCCGAGUUUGAGGAGGUGGAGGUGACUGACGAUGAGGAUGAACUCGAUGAUACAGCAGACCUCCCGACUCCACCGGCCAGCGACAGAGGUAAAAUGAAGCUGCCCCAAAAGAGAAAACGAGGACCGAAGGAUCUCGGCCCCAACAAGAAGGCCAAGAAACUCAUAAAGAUCCGAAAGGUCAGCAAGAAUCAACCCUGCUGUUUGUGUCCAAACGACUUUGUCUGGGAAGAACUCCUGCCCACGUCCCAUGGCCAGAAAGCUCAUCGAACCUGUGCAAUGUAUACCCCUGAGACAUAUAUUGCGAAGAAGGGCGGCAAAGAGAUUGUGUACAAUGUCGAAAACAUCAGCAAAGCUCGUCUCGAGCUCAAGUGUUAUGAAUGUCGACAGAAGAAGGGUUCGUGCUUCCAGUGCUCUUCGGCCAAGUGUACAAAGUCAUAUCAUGCCACUUGUGCUAUGCAGGCUGGCGUGCAAGUAGACAAAGGCGAGAUUGCGGUGUGGCAUGAGGGCGUUGAAUAUCGUGACAUUGGCUUUGAUUGGCGAUGUCGGCUUCAUCGCACGGUCAAACGAACGAGGAUCACGAGCGAGCUCUCUGCUUGCAACCAUGCCAACAGCUGCAGGCAGAACCCCGAGUUCCGCGAAUUCCUGUCUAAGCUCAAUGAGGGAGAACUGAUUCAGUUCCAAGCCACCAAUUCUGACGACAUCGAGGCCGGUCUUGUGAUUGCUGGGUACGACUCUGGGCAAGAUUCGCUUUUGGUCAAAGUCCUACCAGAUUUGAAAACAGUCAAAGAAGUCGAUCCCUCAGCCAUCCUGUUUGUUGACAGCGCGACUUCCUGUUUGCAGAGGCCUUCUUCUAACGCUUUGGAUUUGCCGGAGACUCUUCAGGGCAAGGCUGCGUCUUUUCCAGAAUCUACUGAGAAGAAACCUAGUGCUGGCGAUGUCUUUACCGAAGAACCCAGAACUGAAUGGGCAGAAUUUGUCUCUGCAGAGCCUCCCGUUAAUAUGGACCAGAAGCUUGUCGACAUCUCCAAAGAAAAGCAAUUGUGGCUGUACCUUGGAGACAUUUCUUCUGAUGCGAAACCUCAUUACACGGCAGAUCCUGACAGACAUGUGCAUGAUCCGGCAUCUAAUUUUCUUGACCUUGUCACGCCUCGCAAGUCGGCGAUGGCACCACCUCCUCAGCCCAAACGUCAGUCUCUAAGUGCGUCUCACCCUAUGGUGAAUGUGGCUGCACGGAACGCUGCCAUGGCAAGCAUGCGGCAAAGUGCCGCCAAUUCGCGCGCUGCAUCACCAGCGAUUCCGGGUACUUUCAGCGGUACCACGCAGAACCUGACCAUGAAUCGUGGCCCGGAAACCUCCAACGUACCAAGGACUGGACAGGUCAAACAUUCUCAGUCCCGGGACAUGAUGACUGGUCACGAAGCUCGGUUGAACGAACAAGCGCGCAUACUCCAGCGGCAGCAGGCCAAGGCAUUACAGCUGGAUGCAGCUGAGAAAGCAAACACGAUCGGCCACGCUAGUAUCGGAAUUGACCACGAGGCCGUACAAAGACAGAGGCAAUUUCAGCAGCAAGCAUCUCAACAUGCCAAACAUAUGAAGGAGUGGUCCAACGAUCCUUCCCUGCCUCCCCUGAAGCAGUACGAGCAGUUUCCCAGUUUUACUAGCUUUGACAAUUCAGGGAAUUAUGAAAGUCCAUCCAUGAUGAGCGCCGGCUUUCGACCGCAACAGUUCCAAUACAGUAACGACUGGAUGAAUGCUGAUUCACCGAGUGGAAGGUCAAAUUACCACGGUUCUCAAAGUAUGAAUCUGAGCUCUAUGCUGUCGCCGCAACCUCAUCAGUACCAGUCGUCAUCAUCUUCCGCGGCGCCGUUCCCAGCAUAUGUGCAACAAUCUCACCUGGACUUUCCAUAUUCAAGCCAGACUAGAAGCAGCAAUACUACACCUGGGCCUUAUCAAUCAACGAGCCUAGAAACUAUUCGAGCAGCGGCAAGUCAACCCCCACCGCCUCCUCCAUCGGCCGAGGUGGAACGUCGAAGGCGUAUCUCCAACCCCGCCUAUCCCUUCAAGAGUCCAGAUCAGAUUAAGGCGCAGAAGGAGGCGGAGAAGAGGUCGCCCCCUGGCAGCAGACCUACCAGUUCAUACAUGCUCCCUAGCCCUCGAAUUCAGCAUGACACCUAUAUGCAUUCAGCAUCACCUACCGGUCCUAUGCAGCCUCUCGAUCCUCACAACCCGCCUCAAUUCGUCAAUCCCAAUGCCACACAGAUCAGUCCUCCUGCGUCGAGUGCUGGCCAUCGUUCGGCUAGGGGAAGUUUUUCAGGGUUUGGGACUCAACCGAUUAUUGGACCCUCAUUGCCCGCUGGUGUCAGAAGGUCCUUUUCGAUGGACAUGACACUGCCUGACAUGGCUCCCUUUCCUGCCGCCUCGUUACCGUUCAGUGGAUAUGUCCCCAGAAGGUCCAUCUAUGAUCCUCUAAGCCAAGUAAAUGCGUUCCAACAAGUCAAGCCUAAGCCUUCUGAACCACCGAUGGCUCCAAUGUCCAGCAAAUUGACUGAGACGCUGGAAAAACGCGCCAUGGGUGCCAAUGGACUGCCACUGAAUGAUCGAGCAGUGCCCAAACAGUUGCUAGAUUGGCGCGACCGAGGUGGCUUUUGGAGUCGUGUGUCCAGUUAUUAUAUCUCGAAGCACCAAGCCACCGCCACUAUAUACAGGUCACCUUUCAUGGCCAUGACUCAACAGACCGAUAAUGUGUCGCUUUCGGAUCGAUAUUAUCAGAGCUUGGAAGGCGAUCAGCAAUCCAAAAUUGACGCUUUUCGACAAGGCAAGCAGAGGCAAGCAUAG